AUGAAUUGCUGGGCUCUUUCCUUGAGGUGUCGUUUCUUGUUUCAUGCUAUUGAAACAUUAAUCUUAACUUAUUAUGACUCCUUUGUGUUGGUCAGCUCUCAGGGCCAUUUCCCUAGGCUUGAAAAUGUGGGAGCUUUCAAAAAUGUGUCAAUCGUGCCAACUCAAGCCACUUGUGGGCUGCCAGACCGAAGUACUUUUUGUCAUAGCUCAGUGGCUGUUGAAAGUAUUAUGUCCUGCACCCAGAGGUUUUGUGUUCAGGAAUGUCCAUACAGGUCAUCGCCUUCUUCCUACAAACUGCUUCUUUCAGAAGGCCUUGGUACCUGUAUCACAGAGGACAAAAAGGACUUGCAUCCAGGGUCCUUCAGCAACGCUUCCAGUUUUAUUUUUCAUAAUCGCAAGGAUUGCUUCUCUACUCCCCGUUCUCCAAGGCUUGCAGCUUCAUUUACGUUAACUGUAUGGUUGAAACCUGAGCAAGAAAGUGUAAUGUGUGUGAUAGAAAAGGCUAUUGAUGGGCAGACUGUGUUCAAACUCACAAUCUCUGAGAAAGAGACCAUGUUUUAUUAUCGCACAGUAAAUGGUUUGCAGCCACCAAUAAAAGUAAUGACACUGGGGAGAAUUCUUGUGAAGAAAUGGAUUCAUCUUAGUGUGCAGGUGCAUCACAGCAGAAUUAGUUUCUUCUUGAAUGGCUGGGAAGGUGACAACACACCGUUUGAUUCAAGAAUUCUUGUGGGAACAGUUGCAGAUACUGAUGGUACACUGCAAAUUGGACAAAGCUUCACAGGUUUAGAGCAAUUUGUUGGAAGAAUGCAAGAUUUUCGAUUUUACCCAGUGGCACUUACAAACAGAGACAUUUUGGAAGUAUUCUCUGGAAAAUUUCCUCAUCUGCAUACCCAGUCUGAAUGCCGCUGUCCUGGAAGUCAUGCCCGGGUACACCCAUUGAUACAGAGAUACUGCAUCCCUAAUGGUGAAGACGAUACCACUAACGACAGAGUGCUGAGGCUGGAUGCAGAAGCCCAUCCUCUGUAUUACAUCAAUGAUGAUGACAUUGGGACCACCUGGAUUUCAUCUGUGUUUGCUAAUACUGCAGGUCUGGAUCACGGUGUUUCUAUCACAAUAGAUUUACAAAAUGGACAGUAUCAGGUAUUCUAUAUUGUACUGCAGUUCUUUAGCCCACACCCUGAAGCAAUAAAAAUUGAAAGGAAAAAAAGAGGUGAUCUAAACUGGGAAGACUGGCAGUAUUUUGCUAAAAAUUGCAGUAUUUUUGGAAUGGAUAACAAUGGAUCUCUGGAAAAACCAGACUCUGUCAACUGUCUCCAGCUUCCAAGCUUUACACCGUAUUCCCGUGGGAAUCUAACUUUUAGUGUUCUUACGCCAGAACCAAAUCACCGACCUGGUUACAAUGAUUUUUACAAUACUCCGUCUCUCCAAGAAUUUGUAAAAGCUGCACAAGUGAGGAUUCAUCUCCAUGGCCAGUAUCAUACUAAUGAGUCUUGGGUAAAUUUUAGGCAUAGAUACUAUGGAGUUAAUGAAGUUACAGUCAGCGGAAGGUGUAAUUGCCAUGGCCACGCUGAUAACUGCGACACAGCGAUGGAACCAUAUAGGUGCCUGUGCGUCAAGGAAAGCUAUACAGAAGGAAAUAAUUGCGAUCGCUGUUUGCCGUUGUACAACGACAAGCCUUUUCGUCCAGGUGACCAAGUUCAUGCCUAUAAUUGCAAACCUUGUCAAUGUUACAGCCAUGCAGUGAGCUGCCACUAUGACUUGGCAGUGGACCCUUUUCCUCAGGAACACUACAGAGGCAGUGGUGGAGUGUGUGAUAACUGUCAACACAACACAGCCGGAAGGAACUGUGAGCUGUGCAAGGAUUUCCAUUACAGACAAGCAGGUGCAGAUCUUUCAGCCAUCGAUGUUUGCAAACCCUGUGACUGUUAUGCAACAGGCACUAAAAAUAAGAGCCUCCUGUGUGAUAAU